AUGUUCGGGUUUGGUCGCAAAAAUGAGUUCCCCGUCGAGGGCCGAACCAUUCUGAUCACGGGAGGCUCGGAAGGCACCGGUCGUGCCCUCGCCCUUCAGCUUGCGGCCAAAGGCGCUCAUGUUGUGAUCGUGGCUCGGACUGUAUCCAAACUCCAAAACACCGUGCAAGAAUUGAAGGAAGAAGCGCCGCAUCCAGUGCAGCAGCGCUUCCACUACAUCAGCGCCGACCUCACUGACAGCAGUGAAUGUGAGCGCGUCGUGGCUGAAGUCACGGAGUGGAAUGGCGGCGCCCCUCCAGACACAGUCAUUUGCUGUGCUGGUUUCUGUCUCCCGGGAUUCUUCGCAGAGGUUCCGCUUGCAACUCAGCGCCAACAGAUGGACACAGUCUACUGGACGGCCGCAAACAUGGCUCACGCAACUCUGCGCAAAUGGCUCUCCCCUGUCCAACCAAGCAAUCAGACCAAGACCCCCCGUCGUCACUUGGUCUUCUGUGCCUCUGUUCUUGCCUUUGCUCCCAUUGCUGGCUACGGUCCGUACUCUGCUGCAAAGGCCGCCCUCCGUUCAUUGUCCGACACUCUCAGCCAGGAGAUCGAAAUGUACAAUGGAGCUUAUUCUCAGCGACACCGUGAAGUAGCCCCUGCUGCUGAUGUCAAGAUUCACACUGUCUUCCCGAUGGGUAUUCUCAGCCCUGGCUACGACAAAGAACAGGAACUCAAGCCUGCGCUGACCAAGAAGCUGGAAGAAGCGGAUCAGCCCCAGACACCCGAGGAGGUUGCACGCGUCACCAUCGCUGCCCUGGAACGAGGAGAAUAUAUGAUUACCACCAUGUUUAUGGGCAACAUCCUGAAAGGAUUCUCACUCGGUCUCAGCCCUCGGAACGGUCUCAUUGGCGACACACUGCUCGGCUGGCUUAGCAAUCUAGUCGCGCUGCAAGUGAUCCCUGACCUUCGCAGUAAGGCUUUCAACUGGGGUCGGAGUCAGGGACUGCCCAAGUCUGCGAGUCAACCUUCCGCAUCGUCCUGA